CCGGCUCCCGCACGCUGCCCCCGCCCCGCUGGCCGGGGUAAGCCCCUCUCCGCCGCGUCUGGGCCGGGCCCAGGGUGGGAGCCGCCCCCGGCAGAGGAGGCCCUGGAGGGGGGCGUGUUUGGCCGUAACCCUGGAAACCAGCAGCGGCCGCAGCUUCUUUGGCAAGCGGCACUUCGGCUGCGGGCAGGGAUUUAAUAGACAUGUCGGACAUAGCUAAGGAUAAGGCAGCACGCCUGUUAAAGAAAAGAGGCAGCGUAUCCUCUCUAAGCAGUCAUGAAGUCAGAGCAAAAGAAAUCAUUGGAAAAAACAAAGACUCCAUGAGUACAGUAUCUUAUAUGGAUGAACCUGGCCAUGAAAUUCCUCGUCUUGCCAUUCAGUUGGAGAACACUUAUCAGCUGGGUCCUGCAAAACGUUUUCCAGUGGUCACAGUAAAUAAUAUUUUGAAGGAUGUGCUGACUAAUUAUCUUCAAGAAGAAAAAUAUGAAGCAGAGCUAUGCAGACAAAUGACCAAGACCAUCUCUGAGGUUAUUAAGGCUCGGGUAAAAGACCUUAUGAUACCAAGGUACAAAAUUAUUGUGAUUGUACAUAUUGGACAACUAAAUGAACAGAGCAUGCGAAUUGGAAGCAGAUGCAUUUGGGAUCCUGCGAGUGAUACGUUUUCAUCAUAUGCUUUCAAAAAUACCUCACUGUUUGGUCUUGCAAAUGUCUAUGCUGUUUAUUUUGAAUAAUGAAAAGCUCGAGUUUAUCAGUGGAAGAAAAAUAUCUAACUUAUCAUGUUUAUAUUGUAGAAAAACUGUUAGAAGACAGUCAGUUUACAUUUGUUUUAAAAUGGGGGAAAUGAGCCUUUCAGUGGUAAAUGUAAUAAUCAUGCACACUUAAACCAUUUUCUACUCUUGCUACUUUCCACAGGAAAUAAUUCAUACUAAAAUGACAUUUUGCACCUGACUCUUUAAUUGUUUUUUAGAACCACAUAUCACUGUAUUAGCUUGUAUCAUUGUUAUUUGCUCUAAUUAAAUCCUGGUCCUCAGUUUCAGUCCCAAGU